GGACACGUCCCACGGGCCGCGCCCCCAGCUUCUCGUGGGGAGACCUGGAGCCGGGCCGCCGGGCUGGGUGUGUCACCUGGACUUCCAGCGCCGCCCUCUCUCCGCAGCUCAGCGGCUUCGUGGGAUGCGUGUACUGCGAAACGCACUGUCGCAGCCCCCUACACCCUCGUCAUCAGCACCCCUUCCCCACUUGGUGAUUGUGUUCUGCACCUCAAAGAUCGUUUCUCCAACCUUAACAUACAAACGUUGUACAGAUGACACGCCUGCUCCAUUUUUCGAGAUCCUUCCCUCCAAGAAGCAUCAUUGGCUCACUUCUGUUUCAGCCUGGUUAGGUGACCGUGCUCUUCUCUGUGUCAGAAUCAACAACGUAGCAGUUGCUGUUGGAAAAGAAGCAAAACUCUACCUGUUCCAAGCCCAGGAAUGGCUAAAGCUGCAGGAAAACAGUCACGGUGACAGUUGUAGUGAAAAACUGUCCAAAGCUCAGUUGACAAUGGCCGUGAACCAGACGGAACAUAAUCUGACAGUGUCCCAGGUUCCGUAUCCACAAACGUGGCAUGUGUUUUAUGCAGACAAGUACACAUGCAGAGAUGACGAGGAGAGUCCUCAGGGGGACGACAUACCGUUUGAAAUGGUGUUACUGAACCCCGAUGCGGAAGGGAACCCGCUUGAUCAUUUUAGCGCUGGCGAGUCUGGGUUACAUGAGUUCUUUUUCCUCCUAGUCCUAGUGUACUUUGUGAUUGCUUGCAUUUAUGCUCAGUCAUUGUGGCAGGCUAUUAAUAAAGGAGGACCCAUGCACAUGGUUUUAAAGGUCCUGACAACUGCAUUGCUGUUACAAGCUGGUUCAGCUUUAGCUAAUUACAUUCAUUUCUCCAGUUACUCCAAAGAUGGGAUAGGGGUCCCUUUUGUGGGAAGUUUGGCGGAAUUUUUUGACAUCGCUUCCCAAAUUCAGAUGUUGUACCUCCUCCUGAGCCUGUGCAUGGGCUGGACCAUAGUCAGAAUGAAGAAGCCCCAAAGCAGGCCUCUGCAGUGGGACUCCACCCCCGCGUCCACCGGCAUCGCCGUGGUCAUCGUCACCACGCAGAGCAUUUUGCUCCUUUGGGAGCAGUUUGAGGACACCAGCCCUCACAGCCACUACUCCCACCACAACCUAGCAGGGGUCCUCCUCAUCGUCCUGAGGGUCUGCCUCGCGCUGUCCUUGGGCUGCGGCCUCUACCAGAUCGUCACGGUGGAGAGGAGCACCCUGAAGAGGGAGUUCUACAUCACCUUUGCCAAGGGCUGUGUCUUGUGGUUUUUGUGCCACCCAGUUCUUGCGUGUGUUUCCGUCGUGUGCAAGGACUACCAGAGAGAUAAGGUCGUCACAAUAGGCGUGAUCCUUUGCCAGUCCGUCUCCAUGGCGGUUCUCUACCGACUCUUUCUGUCCCACAGCCUGUACUGGGAGGUGUCCUCGCUGUCCUCGGUGACGCUGCCGCUGGCCAUCCCCUCCGGGCACAAGGGCCGGCCCCACUUCUGACGCCCGGUUUUCUUGACAGAAGAGUGAACGCGGUGCGCUAAGGAUCCAAAUUCUGACUUUUUUUUUUCAUACUUAUAGUAUGAAAAGAAAAUGGAAAGCAGAGCAUGUUAUUUAUACGACUGCAUUUAAGCAGUACCAAAACUGAAAAAGGUAAUAAAUGAAAUGUUUCAAAAAAUACUUAAUAAACUUUGAAGAAAGAGUAUGGUUAUUAGGUGACUUACGCAGUUUCCAUGUGGAAAUAAAGAUGAAAAGAGUUCUAUGAUAUUGUGGUAAGAGAUUCACCACUUAUAAUGCCUCGUCUUAUGUCAAAUAGUUCACUCAGGUCUGAGAGGCUUAUAAACAGUAAUCAGUUAAAUGAUUACUUGCUUACACGUAGCUAACCUAAGCCCAGCUAUAAAAUCAGUGGAGUACACUGACCAAAACUGCUUUUUAUGCUUUAAAGAAAACGCAUUUCACAUUGGAGUUUAAAAGAAUUGAAAAUGAAACUUGCUUCAGAAAAUAAAUACCAAGUAUAUUCAUAGUUAAAUGAAUAAGCUUUUGUUUAUUUGUGGGUGGGGUUUUUCUCCGCUUUCUUCUAUCACUUUGGCUCUAAUUCAGGCUUUACUUUGAUUAACAAGGGGUUUUUGACAGUGUGUGAGAAAUAAAAUCAGAUACAUUGUACAUGUUUUGAGGACAAAGGGUGUUCGAGUCUGAGGAUCGAGGUGAAGGACGAGCAGGUUUGCGCGUUUAAAAAGAAGAGAAGAGUUCUGUGUGAUACGGGACUAAAGCUUUAAUCCUGACAUAAUUCAUUUCUCUUAACGCUGAAUCCCCAAUCGUAAUUAAGCCAUAUACACAGAUUAAAUUAACAGAAACAUUUCACAUAAAUGUUGGUUUCAGUCAUCAACGGCCCACAAAUUCCUGCCCAAGGAUACUUAAUCAGGAUUAAAUUUUCUAUGAAUAAUUGAAAAACAAAAUACUCACUGGAUUUGUUCUAAUCCGUAUUGGCACUGGCUUCUAAGUAGUUGCCAUCUCGAAACUUUUGUAAUAAAGCCAUAUCCUUUCGUGUGGGGGAUGCCCCAGCACUGAGUAUGAUGCUGAAAUACACUCUAUCAAGUGCCUCUGGAAAGACUUGCUGGCUGGUUGUGGGUACCUGCUGUAUAGAAUAAGUGUUCCCGUCAGUGACCGAUUGUAGGUUAUUCUGUUUCCGUUUGUGAGGUUGUUCGGGGCUUUUCCUUUUUACCUCUGGCUUAUUUUAAAAAAUGUCUUAAAUCUACUUUCAGAGGUAUUACAUUUUUAAGUAAGAAAUGGUGCGCUGAUCUGGUAAUUAAACUUUUUAAUUAAAGUUAAAAUAAUGUAGCACAACUUAAAAAUAUCUAUGGCUACCUUCUUUUCCCUUAUACCUAGUCUUAUUGGAAAUGAAUAGUAGUGUAUCAUUUUAAAGGCAAAAGUAUAUUUAUUUUUGACUAGUGACCAGCAAAAUGUCAGACUGACAAGGUUCAGCCUGCUCAUUAGAUCAUCUCUAACAGGUCUUUGUAAAUUAUCUAAUAAGUGAGAGCUGCAGGUUGAGACCAGAAGUCUGGGGUAUGUUUUAGUCUUACUCAGUCUGCCGAGUGGUCAUGACCUUUUCUUUGCCCGAGUCUCACUCAUAACACCGGUUAUCGGAGCUUGUGUUCAGCUGGAGUGCUGUUAAUUUCAGCUGAUAAAACAAGGGAAGCAUUUUCAGAAAUCCUGUGAACUUGCAUCAAUGGGAAGGGAAUGAUUUCCAUGUUACCUUACACAAAGAACAUAGAAACUAUAGCCAAUCCGUAUGCAACAUAUUCCUGUGCUUGCAUUGUGAAACUUUAACAGGUGUUUUUACUUUAUUUUUUAAUUUAUGGUUGAAAUUGCUGAUAAUUUAUUUUGUUAUUCAAGAGCCAUUGUUAAAUGAAGUAAAACAGUUGUUCAUAAUUAAUGUAUAAAAGAGUUGUUAAUAAAGUUUAGUA